AGUCUUGACCUUUUACUAGUAAUGUCAACAUGAUAAAUUGUAAUAGAUCGUAUAAUUGAUAAUUCAAAUAAGGGAUAUCACUUUUUUACGCCAACAAGUGUUGCAAAUAAAGUAGCUUGCUCAAUUAAUUUAUAAUAAAUUAAUACAAGGUUGUUUGUAGGUUAUUUAUUAAAUAUUUUCAAGUUUAUAUGUAAAUAUGUGGAACUUUUCGCGUUUUAUUCGCAGUGGAUCUUCACAAAACCCAGUGAUUUCACGAUGGCGUUCAACGCAAGUAAAACCUUCUAUGGUUUUAAAACCAAUAAACAAAGUAUUAAUUGCAAAUCGUGGAGAGAUAGCCUGCCGUAUUAUGAGAACAGCUAAACGAUUAGGAGUGCAAACGGUUGCUGUUUACUCAGAUGCAGAUGCAAAAUCGAUGCACGUUCAAAUGGCAGAUGAGGCCUACAACAUCGGUCCUCCACCUUCACAACAAUCAUAUCUGUGUGCAGAUAAAAUUUUAGAUGUAGCAAAAAAAUCAGGUUCUCAUGCAGUUCAUCCCGGAUAUGGUUUUUUGUCAGAAAAUUUGGAAUUUGCUGAAGCUUGCCAGAAUAGUGACAUAAUAUUUAUAGGACCACCAUCUAGUGCUAUUAGGGACAUGGGUAUUAAAAGUACAUCCAAAGCUAUCAUGUCAGCAGCUGGGGUUCCUUGCAUUAAAGGUUAUCAUGGGGAUGAUCAAAGUGAUGAAAAGUUAAUAGCUGAAGCUGAGCGUAUUGGAUUUCCUUUGAUGAUCAAAGCUGUUCGAGGUGGAGGUGGUAAGGGUAUGAGGAUGGCUGAAACAAUGGCAGAUUUUCUACCAGCUCUGGAAUCUGCUAGAACAGAAUCCCUGAAAGCUUUUGGUGAUACCAACAUGUUACUUGAAAAUUACGUAACACAACCAAGGCAUGUAGAAGUCCAGGUCUUCGCCGAUAAGUAUGGUGAAGCUGUUCAUCUAUUUGAACGUGACUGUUCUGUACAAAGAAGACAUCAAAAAGUUAUUGAAGAAGCUCCUGCACCUGGAAUUAGCCAAGAACUUCGAAUGGAACUUGGAGCUGCUGCCGUGAGAGCAGCAAAAGCUGUGGGAUAUGUUGGAGCAGGAACUGUUGAAUUUAUACUUGAUAAAAAGUCUCAUGCUUUUCAUUUCAUGGAAAUGAACACUAGAUUGCAGGUUGAACAUCCCAUUACUGAAUAUAUAACAGGGACUGACCUUGUUGAAUGGCAACUUCGAAUAGCAGGUGGAGAACCAUUGCCUGUAACACAAGAGGAUAUUACGUUAUCAGGACAUGCUUUUGAAGCACGUAUUUAUGCUGAAGAUCCCAGAGGAGGAUUUUUGCCUGGAGCAGGACCAUUGAGACAUCUUCGGCCCCCACAGACUGCAACAGAUGUUCGUGUUGAAACAGGUGUUCGAGAAGGUGAUGAAGUAUCCAUUCAUUACGAUCCUAUGAUUGCUAAAUUAGUUGUUUGGGGAGAAGAUAGAACCCAAGCUCUUACCAAACUCAAAGCUAAAUUGACAGAUUAUCAUAUUAUGGGAUUAGAAACAAAUGUAAAUUUCUUGCUUGAUCUUGCAAGUCAUCCAAAUUUUGCUGCAGGAGAUGUACAUACUGGUUUCAUAGAUGAACAUAGAGAAUCUCUGUUCCCACCACUACUUGCUGAUGAGACAAGCAUCGGUCAAGCAAUCAUGGGCUUGAUUUUAAAUGAGAGAGUAAGCAAUGUAAAAAAUGCUUAUUCUACUAAAAAGAUGGACUCACCAUAUUUUCAAGAAAUGGGAUUCCGAUUGAAUCACUCUUUGGAAAGAACAAUUAAAUUAACUCACAAUGAUAAAGAUAUUACUGUACAAUUACAGCAAGUCUCAUCAAAUGUAUUCCAAAUGAAAGUUGGGCCUGAAGGGCAGUGGCGUACAAUGAAAGCCGUUCUCACUGAAAAGGGAGGUGGUGCUUUAAAACUGACUUUAGACGGUGUUAUUAGUAAUUGCAGUGUUGUCAUGGAUCAUGAUAUUUUAUCUGUAUUCGAUGUGGGUGGCCGAAAGGAUUUUAAAUUACAUGUACCCAAAUUUAUAACCAGUGCAGGAGAUGGUGGCAGUGGAGGUAGUGCAGGGGCUGCUGUUUCUCCAAUGCCAGGUGUUCUGGAAAAGCUUUUUGUUAGUCCAGGUGAUAAAGUUGAGAAAGGUACUCCACUUGCAGUUAUCAUUGCAAUGAAAAUGGAGCAUGUAAUCAAGGCUUCAAAAGACGGUACUGUGGCUUCUGUGAAUUCCAACUUGGGCAAAAGUGUACAAAAAGGAGCUACCAUUGUGAAAUUUGAAGAAGAUGCUAAAUGAUGCAGGUGAAAUAGAUUUAAUUAUCAACAAUUAGAAGAAAAAAACGUUUAUCUUUUUAUACAUUUUUAAGUCUUCGUAUUUUUUUAAAAUAUCAGACCUGUUAUGUCGGUUUUAGACCUAAAGCUAAAUUUCUAAAAGUGCAAAGCAAUUUAAUUUUUCUAUAACUCAACAAUACAUACUUAAAAUCGGAUUGAAAUGUGAUUGUGGUAUAAUUCUAUCUAUGAAAUUUUAUUGUCAUAA